UUGUUGAACGUGUACAACAAGCAUCAAAUAUCUUGUUUAAUCUUGACCAAGCAAACAACGGGAACCCAGAAUGUAGCGAAACAGUGCCAGUAGUAAACUGUGGAAGGAGAGGCCGACCAAGUUUCGAUAUCAAUGAAGACCAAUUAUCGUUUCUUGUAGAAAAGGGAUUUAAAGUAGCCGAUAUAAGCAAGGUGAUCGGAGUUAGCCAACGAACAAUUGAACGAAGGAUGGCAAUGUUUGGACUUUCUAUUGCAGGUACUCAUUGCUGUAGUAUUAUUUAUUUACUUAAAAGUUUGACAUUUGACAAUAAAAACUCUUGUCAAUAAAAACUCUUGUCUUGAGCAUUGUUUUAUACUCAUAAAAACCUCUGGAGCUGCCCACCCUCACAAUUGCAAUCCCAUGCACACAAAGGUAUUAAUCUGUAAACCCCGUGCUAUAUAUUUUGAAGAUAUUUUAAAUUAAAGUGCUUAUGGAACGAAAUUUUUACCUCAUUUUUUAUUGUUUUUCUAAAAAGUAUUGCUGGAAUGAUGAAGAAUGACCUUUACAGUCUCUUCAUAUCUCAUCUUUUUCUCAAGUUGUCGCAGUUUCUAUAUUUAUAUGUCACAAGUAUGACCCGAGAUAAUGGCAAUAUUACAAAAAAGUCUUAUAUCUUAGUGGGUAUUUAAUAAUAUUUAAUGAAACUUCGAGGGAGUGGUCAUUACUUAUGGGAGGGGGGGGGGGGAAAUUGGAGGGGGUUGGGGCAAACAAAGUAAUACCCUUAUAAAUAGGGGGUCAAAAAAGUUUUAACACAGAGAAAGGGGGGGAGGAUCAAAAAAAUGUUUGAACUUAAAUACCAUGUCUAAAAAGACGACUCUGAAAACGCCAUUUCCAACGAUCUAGAGACUCAGAAUUUUCAAAAUUUCCCUGCUCGGCACCAACCAUGGUAACACCUUGUGGGAGUCAGGCCCACUAAGUUUAACAAGCUUUCAACCCCCUGAGUAACCCAGUUGUGGUAUUUACAUAAACAUACCACACUUAACUGCAUAGAUGCAUUUUCAUAUUUUUUACUGGGGUGGUGCCAGAAAUUUCAGGGAGGUGAGCCGUGAGCAGGUGACUGAAGCAACACAAAGUGUCACCAAACCCCAGUAAGGUCUAUAUUCUAGGGGUGGAGCACUAGAGCCACAAGGGGGAGUCUAGAGAGCAGAAAACAAAGUAUCCCUGGAAAAAAUCAUGAUUUCUAGCUUCGAAAAAACGUUUUUUGAAGUUGUCAUAUCAAUGGAUUUGGCCUGUCCGAUUGUCUGUUGAGACUUGAGAGAGUUAAAGUUAAAUGAACCUGUAAAAGUGUAAACCCAAUAGACCAAUACACAAUAUGCUUUCACUUUAAAAAGUCAUUGACAUUGUGUCAUUUGAAUCCGAGUACAAUUUAUGAUGCAACUCCGAUGUAAAUAAUAUUUGGGGCAUAAGAUUAAAUCUAGGCAAGACUAUUUCCGUAUAAAAGAAUUAAAAACUAAAAAUAGUGUUCGUAAAAAUUCCAAACGUUCCUUGCAAGCAAGCUAUUUGCAUGACAAGGCACUGCAAACUCUAUUCAGGGGAGAUAAUAGAGUUUCAAAACUUUACAAUUGCUCCAAUAAUAUUGCUUUCUAUUCGAGUGUACUCCUACAUUUAUUUUGUAUCAUCAACACUCUGCACGUUGUAGUGGAUUAUUUAAUUAUUUUUUAUUAUUCCAAAUAUUGGGGGGGGGGGUUGAAAAUUUUUUUGGAGAGGUGGACAUUUUGUUGGGGGGGGGGGGUUAUAGCUAAUAUUAGGGGGGUAGCACCCCCCACCCCCCCACAAAAUCUGUCUAUGCUUAACUGAUCAGAUUCAGUCUAUCAAAGCACAAUUUAAUGCUGAACAGUAUAUCCAAAAAUCUGUUUCAGAAAAUGCUCACAUUUCAGUCCUAGGGGUGGAAAAAUACAAAAACUUUUCUGGGGGAGAAUACCCCCAAACUUUUUGUCACCAACAACCAUCUGUCAUUUCUCCACAUUCAGUAUAGUAUGGUCCCUUUUUGUAUAUGCCCACCCCCAGACAAGUUCUUAAAAAAGCCCUGUGUUCAAAUCAUUUCACAUAUUUUAUGGUAGGACAAAUGUUGCAUUGCAAAGUAGUAACACAUAAAUAUAUAUAUUAAAACAUGAGCUAUGUUAAACAGGUUGUCCUAAUAUCUAACUUUACGUGCAACACACAUGCACCUGUUUCAUUGCUACUAAUUUUUUUAAUUGGGGGGGGUUAGAAACAUUUCUACUUUUAUGAGGGGGGAGGCACAAAAAGUUUGCCUUCAGUCUGGAGGGGGGUCAAAAAAGUUUUCAAUCCUUAUUUUCCCUAUUUACCAACCCCUCCCUCCCCUUAAAUGAUGACCACUCCCUAAUACACUUAGUGGGUGCACCCUAUUUUUGGCAGGUAAUGUGGUUGUCAUGGCAACACACUAAUGGCAAAACACUAGUCCCCAGUCUCUUCUCUUUCUUUCACAAAUUUCCUCCUGUACACCUCGUACAGAGGAUGUUUGCAUGUUAUAAUUGUUUAAACUGAUCCCAAUACCUACACCUAUUAUAUUAAUAAGCGAAAAUGUCAGGAAUUGCUAUUUAUUUCGCUGGAAAUGGAUCAUAUAGAAAUUGAAAGAGAAGGGACUGGGGACGAGUGUGUUUCCACAACAACCAUAUAAACAAGCCAAAUUAUUUGACUUAGUUGCACCCACUAAGUGUGUAUGCCAAGUUUCAUUGAAUUUAUUAAAUAGUCGCAAAGAUAUCAGACUUUCUUGUUAUUGCCACUAUCUCAAGCCAUACUUGUGAUGUCACAACUCAAAAUUUAGAAAGUGUGAUAACUUGGGAAUGAGAUGAGAUACAAAUAAACUGUAAACAUCAUUCUUCAUCAUUUGAGCAGUCCCUUUCCAUAAAAUAAUAAAAAAUGAGGAAAAAAUUUCGUUUUAUAAUCACUUUAUUAACUGGAUUUAUUUACUGGUUGAGUCAGUUUUCUUCGAUGUACAUUACUGCAGGAUACACCGUAGAACAUGUGAAUAAAUAAUUAGAUUAAACUUAUUGACAAAACUAUAAAAAUCAUGAUCGAAGUUUUUGAGAUUGAUGAAACUUUGUUUGAAAAACUCCUCAACUAGUAAAUAAGUCUGUUAUAAACCUCAAACUUAGGAUAUAGGUAAUAUAUUUGACUUAUAUUCCUUGUUCUUGGUUUAUAACCUAUACAUACAAAUGAUAACUAUAUGCAUAAAAUGUCUUUGUUUUCAUAUCUAAAGGUACAUUUAGUGAUAUUAGUGAUGAUCAGUUAGAUGAACUUGUUCGCCAAACAUCAAGUGAUCAUCCCAAUUUUGGUAUACGGAUGAUGAAAGGAUACCUGCAAAGCAAGGGAUGGCGUGUGCAACGUGACCGGAUAAGAUGUUCACUGCUGAGAACAGAUCCAAUUGGUCUAAUGCAACGUUGGCAAAAACGUUGGCGUUCAUACAACGUGAAAUAUCCUCGCUCCCUGUGGCACAUUGAUGGGAACCACAAACUUAUUAG